AUGGAAGUACAUGAUCAAGAGAUUCGUAAGCUACUCUCACCAGGAGACGUUGGUUGCUUCGCCUCGAACGAUCGUAUUAAGGCCAAUCGGCUGCAGUACAACGCAAAUCAGCCGACGUUUUUUGGUGAAAGUGCUCUACGAAUCUCUUCCUCAUGUACUUCCAUAGGAAGUAAAAGUCUUCACAACAAUCGUAUCUCAGAAGAUCCUUCUAAACCGGCAUUUUCUUUGUAUACACUACAGAUGCCACUUUGGGCUUCUUACUCCAACGACGGUGGAGGUGAGCCAUCAUUACAGCUGGAAAUGAGUAUCAACAUCAGCACCAGUUUUGUUGACUCUGAUCCGGUGAAAGUGUCUGUAGACUCUCGCCUCGGACAUGGUCUUCCGAAUAAUAGAACUCCUCUGGGACAGCUUUCGUUGUAUACUGGUUUUCAGGUGGCCUGA